AUGGCAAUAAAUUUAUUUUAAUCCUCUAAUACUAAUAACAUAUUCAACCCAUUCACUAAUAACUCUAAUCCUUUUCCAACAUAAAAUAAGUAUAAAUAUGAAUAUCAUCUAUAGCUUUAAUCCAACAGUCCCAGGUUCUUACAGAGGAACUUUCAAAUCCCAAAGAAUUACAUAUGGAUUAUUGGAUGUUGAUGAUUAGAAUACAAAUUUAUAUACAACUAACAUAUUUAUGUAACAAGAAUAUAAAGGAAUUGUAUAGAAUUGAUAUUUAUAUAGAGUGCAUUUCAAAUUAGAUUAGAAGAUUAUUAUUUGAUUAGAUCACAAUAAAUAUAGGACCAUCAUAAAUCAUAAUUAGAAGUAGCUGUGAGGAAAAAUAAUUUUAAUUCUAAAUUGAUAAGAUUCACAAAUUAACAAAGUUUUUAUUACUUAUUACAAUAGAUCUAAAACCGCCAUAAUUUCAAGAUUAAUAUGAUAUAUUCAAAAGAUAAAACAAUCCAUUUAGCCAAUCUAAUGAUCUCUUUAGAUAAUCCAAUGGUAAUUAAAAUAUAUUCAACAAUCCAUCUAAUAAUAAUAGAACAAACAUUUUCCCCAAUAAUUCAAAUGAUUUAUUCAAUAAAAAUAAUAAUAAUCCAUAGAAUAUAUUUAAUGCUCCUCCAGCUAAUAAUUUAUUUAAUACUAAUAACAAUUCAACAGCAAAUUUAUUUCAAUAAUAAACUAAUAAUUCAAAUAACAUCUUUUAAUAAAAUAAUAGAACUUUUAAUUCAGGAAAUAAUAAUAAUAAUAAUAAUAAUAAUAAUAAUAUUUUUAAUUAAUCUACUAAUAUUUUUAAUUAAUAACCCAACAAUACUAAUAUCUUUAAUAGUUAAAAUCUCUUUUCCAAUAAUAAUAAUCUUUUUAAUUCCAAUAAUAUAUUUAAUCAACCUCAAUAAAAUAUUUUUAAUUAACCUAUUAUGUUUUAGUAUCCUAAUAAUAGCAAUAUUGUUUAACCUAUAUUAUAACCAUCUUUAUUAGGAUCAUUAGAUUAUUUGAAAAUUUAAGAGAAUUAAUUUAAAGAUUUUACAUAAUAAGUUGAUUCUUAAAUAGUGAUGUUUGAAUAAUAGAAGUAAUUGAGUUUAGAAGAAUAUGAUUCUAUGUUAAGAGACAGUUCUAAAAUGAAUUUCGAUUAUAGAUUGUAAAAUUAAUAUACUCAAAGUAUGAAAUCUACAAAAUCUAAUAAAUUCUAAAAUCAGAAAUCUAUCAGUUAAAAUAAUAAAACUUAAAGUAUUCGUUAAGAUAAAAAAACAUCUUCUACAUAUUAAGCACAUAGUUUGAAUACAGAAACUAAAAGUAUUUUUAAUAGAGAAGAUAGAAAACCCAUAUCAAAAUUUUAAGAUAAUUGUCAAUAUACUGAUUCUAAAAGUGAAUUUAAAAGUUUUGUUUAAAGAGAUGAUAGAAAAUCAUAAUAAAUGUAUUGGGUUGAUAUAGAAAUUAAAUUUUUAGAAAGUGAAAAGUUUUUAUCUAUUUACUAAGAAUUUUAAAAUAAAUGUAGAAUUUACAAUGUUAAAUAAUUUAUAGAAGAUCAUCUUGAAAAUAUUGAANCUUUUUCUUCAAAUACUUCUAUCUUUAUUUUAUCUGAUUCAUCAUCUUCCAAUUUAAAUUCUCCCACCAUCCUAUUAUAAGAACCUGAUAAAUGCAUAGAAAUCACUUAAACAGGUAUCUUUUAUGAUAAAAUGAGUUCUGUACUCUUACUAUUCAAUUCUAUUGCAUCAUUAUUUAUUAUUGUAAUUCUACCUUUACAUGGAAUACUAAUGCAUUUUAAAUUUAUCUCAUCAGAUUUGAUCGUAAAUAAUGCAGUCUCAUAAAAUUCAUUCAACUUAAACUCUUCAUCUUUACUUUUUAAUUAGAUCUCACCCAAAUCACUUUUCUUCUCAUCCUAUUAUGGUCUAACAUAUAGAAUUAUAUAAUCCUUAUCCUACUUUUCAGGUAAUUCCACUUAUAUUGAUUUACCUUAUUUUAAAUCAAAUAAGAAAUCUUUCUGCUUUUUUGACAAAACUUAGAUUACAACUAAUAACAUAACACAAAUCCGAACCAUCAUUAAUUUUAUAUUUAAUUAUUGUAUAAAUUCAAAAUUAUUCACAACAUCAUCAAUUUGUUACAUAAAAUUAUCUAUAAAUGAUAUCUUCUCAUUAUAUAAACCAUUCUUUCAAUACUAAUUAUUUCCAAACUCUAUCCUCAUUAUAAUAUUUAAUAAUAUGGCAAUAAAUUUAUUUUAAUCCUCUAAUACUAAUAACAUAUUCAACCCAUUCACUAAUAACUCUAAUCCUUUUCCAACAUAAAAUAAGUAUAAAUAUGAAUAUCAUCUAUAGCUUUAAUCCAACAGUCCCAGGUUCUUACAGAGGAACUUUCAAAUCCCAAAGAAUUACAUAUGGAUUAUUGGAUGUUGAUGAUUAGAAUACAAAUUUAUAUACAACUAACAUAUUUAUGUAACAAGAAUAUAAAGGAAUUGUAUAGAAUUGAUAUUUAUAUAGAGUGCAUUUCAAAUUAGAUUAGAAGAUUAUUAUUUGAUUAGAUCACAAUAAAUAUAGGACCAUCAUAAAUCAUAAUUAGAAGUAGCUGUGAGGAAAAAUAAUUUUAAUUCUAAAUUGAUAAGAUUCACAAAUUAACAAAGUUUUUAUUACUUAUUACAAUAGAUCUAAAACCGCCAUAAUUUCAAGAUUAAUAUGAUAUAUUCAAAAGAUAAAACAAUCCAUUUAGCCAAUCUAAUGAUCUCUUUAGAUAAUCCAAUGGUAAUUAAAAUAUAUUCAACAAUCCAUCUAAUAAUAAUAGAACAAACAUUUUCCCCAAUAAUUCAAAUGAUUUAUUCAAUAAAAAUAAUAAUAAUCCAUAGAAUAUAUUUAAUGCUCCUCCAGCUAAUAAUUUAUUUAAUACUAAUAACAAUUCAACAGCAAAUUUAUUUCAAUAAUAAACUAAUAAUUCAAAUAACAUCUUUUAAUAAAAUAAUAGAACUUUUAAUUCAGGAAAUAAUAAUAAUAAUAAUAAUAAUAAUAAUAAUAUUUUUAAUUAAUCUACUAAUAUUUUUAAUUAAUAACCCAACAAUACUAAUAUCUUUAAUAGUUAAAAUCUCUUUUCCAAUAAUAAUAAUCUUUUUAAUUCCAAUAAUAUAUUUAAUCAACCUCAAUAAAAUAUUUUUAAUUAACCUAUUAUGUUUUAGUAUCCUAAUAAUAGCAAUAUUGUUUAACCUAUAUUAUAACCAUCUUUAUUAGGAUCAUUAGAUUAUUUGAAAAUUUAAGAGAAUUAAUUUAAAGAUUUUACAUAAUAAGUUGAUUCUUAAAUAGUGAUGUUUGAAUAAUAGAAGUAAUUGAGUUUAGAAGAAUAUGAUUCUAUGUUAAGAGACAGUUCUAAAAUGAAUUUCGAUUAUAGAUUGUAAAAUUAAUAUACUCAAAGUAUGAAAUCUACAAAAUCUAAUAAAUUCUAAAAUCAGAAAUCUAUCAGUUAAAAUAAUAAAACUUAAAGUAUUCGUUAAGAUAAAAAAACAUCUUCUACAUAUUAAGCACAUAGUUUGAAUACAGAAACUAAAAGUAUUUUUAAUAGAGAAGAUAGAAAACCCAUAUCAAAAUUUUAAGAUAAUUGUCAAUAUACUGAUUCUAAAAGUGAAUUUAAAAGUUUUGUUUAAAGAGAUGAUAGAAAAUCAUAAUAAAUGUAUUGGGUUGAUAUAGAAAUUAAAUUUUUAGAAAGUGAAAAGUUUUUAUCUAUUUACUAAGAAUUUUAAAAUAAAUGUAGAAUUUACAAUGUUAAAUAAUUUAUAGAAGAUCAUCUUGAAAAUAUUGAAAUUUUUGGUUCAUUAUCAUAAUAAUAUUUUAGCAAUUGUUUAAUUUAUAAUGAAAAUAAUCUCAUUAUUGAUAAUUCAAUCUCACUUUCCAAAUUAUCAGAACAUAGAUUAACAUUCCAUUAUUUUUAUGUCAAAUUACCUAAAUUAAUUAGAAAUGGAUAUUAAUCCAAUAUACAUGAAUUUCCUGAUCUUAAAUAAGUAUAAAACUUUAAAGUUUCCAAUUAAUUUGGUAAGAUUGUUUGGACUCAACCAAUUAAUAUAUAUUAUAUAGAUUUAGAUAAAGUUAUUGAUAUUUAAUAGGAAUCAAUUGAAGUUUAUGAUAAUACUAAAAUACAUCAAUUAUUAAAACCAGAUAUUGGUGUUAAGUUAAAUACUGAAAGUUUAAUUACAUUUAAAUUUUAAUUGAAAAAUCCUUAAAUAAAUGAAACCAAAUUUAAAAACAAUUUGAUAGUUUAAGCAUAAAAAUAAGGCUUAUAAUUUAUAUCAAUUGAUUUCUUAAAUUAGGAAUAUACUGUAAAAGCUUUUCAUUUUAGUGGAUAUCAUUUUAAUUCUGAUUAUUCUAAUACUGAUAAUCAAAAUUAUUAAGAUUAAUAAUAAUAGGCAGAAAUACAAACUAGUGGAGAUGGAGAUAUAUCUGAAUCAGAAGAAAAUGAUUCUUUGUCUUUAGAAAAUCAAAGUUAAUUUUCACUUUAAUUAAAAUAAUAAUUUGAUAUUAAUUAUUAGAAUUUGAGAAAUAAAGAGAAAUAAAUUAAUAAUCAAUCUUCAAAUGAAAUUAUAAAUAAAUUUAAUUAAAAACUAUCUCAAAAAAUAGUGAUUCCACUUAAUUUUGUUUAAUAACAUUAAUAAUUGCAAAUUGAUUAGAAAUUACUUCAACAUUACUUUGAUAAUUGUUAAAAUUCAAAUCAAAUAAAAAAUAGUUAAAAUAUAUCUAUUUUAUUACUUGAUAGUUUAUAUUAAUGUAUGAAUCCAAGUGAGGAAAUAAUAAGAUCAUUUUAAUUAUUUAAUAUAUUAUUUGGUAUUCCAACAAUAGAUAUUGUUCACUUUCUAUAAUUGCAAUCAAAUUAUUUGAUAUCAUUAAAAGAUGUUAUGAAUAUUCCAAAAAUAAAAAAUAUAAGAGGAUUACGUUUAAGUUUAUAUUUAGAAUAAUUUAAAAUAUAUUUUACAUAAGUAGAAUUUAGAGAAUAACAAAUAUCUUAAUAAUAAUAAAAUUUAAUUUAAAAUGUCUUUAUUAGUUUAAAUAUAAAACCUAAUACUUAUAAAAAGAUUAAAUUAAAUCAAAAUGAUUGGAUUGAUAGAUUUACAGAUUGGAGAAUUAAUAAAUCUUAACCAUAACCAUUAUAUGAAAUUUAAUGGUGGAAAGAAUUAUACAAUGAAUAAAAAAAUUAUUAGAUAGUGUCAUCAUAAUAUGCUGCAUUAAUAUACUAUUUACUUAAGAAAACUGAAUAACCACUCAAAGAAUAUUAAAAACUGUAUGAAUAUUUACAUAAUAAUCUUGAUACAUAUACAAUAAUUUUAUUAAAUAUCAUACUUAGUAAAUAAAAAAAAGUAUCAGAAUAAUUAAAAAUAAUUGGACGUGCUGUUAUUACAAAAUUAUUGAAAUCUUCAAUAUCUAAAUAAUUGAUAUUUAGUAUCCUAGAGACAUUUAGAGAUAAAGUGUUUUAGAAGGAAGAAAUGUUAAGAGUUUAGUAAAUACUAGGAAAAUUGGAAUAUUUUAAUAAUUUAAAUAGUAAGGAUGUUAAUGAUGUGGAUGUAUAAAUAGACAAAAAACAGUUUAUUUAAGCUGCAAAAAUCAUAAUAGAAAAAAAGUUGGAGAAUCAAUACUAUACUAUUUUAAAUGAAACUAUAUUGCCUUAUUUAAUUAUUUGUGAUUAUUAUAAUGAAAAUGAUUUAAGAGUGAUUAUUAAACAUAUAAUCAAAAAUAAUAAUUGUAAAGAAAAUGAUAUAAUAAUAAUAUGUUAGGUAUGAUUAUAUUUUAGUUUAGAUGUAUUUAAAAGAAAGAAAUAUAGAUGAGUCAUUAAUUAUGAAAUGGAUAACAAAAAAUGAAUAUCAAUAUCAUAUGAAAUAGAUCAUGUUAAAAGUAUGCACUGAUUAAUUUUGA